AAUGGAGCUGGUGCAUCUUCCGUUUCCGAUUGUACAGAACAUUAUCGCGUUUGCCGUGCCCGGAUAUGCGAAUUACGAACCCCCAGAGUGGCGCAACAGGCGGGUCACAUCGGUACUCAAGAGUCUGAAGCUGGUGUCCAAGGCGUGGGCUGCUCUAAUGGGCGAAAUAGUCCACCAGUAUCAGGAUACGACGUUAAUCCUUCGAUUCAAGCCAUACUGGACACCAGUGGAACUGCAACACAUGUACCAAAAUGCGACUGACAGAGGGUCACAGAUCGCGGAAUUAAUCGUGUCAAUGGGCACAAUUGACCGCUGGUCUCACUAUUUUAACAUGCCAUUUGGCUUGUGGGAUACUGUGGAGAACGUCGACAUCGACUGGCCCAGAAUCUUCGCCAACUUGCCAACACUCAAGACAUUGAACCUUGAGGCAAUGUAUAUCAAUAGUCGCCAUGUUAUUGGUGCACUGGAUGCUGCUGCUAUUCACUGUUUCAAUUUGGAGACUUUGGUACUUCCAGCCCAACAGUUUGGAGGAGGCGACGAAAGCAUUCAAGCGGUUCUGAAGAAGCUGUACACGGCGAUGAAGAGAUGGAGAGUGCAUGGAAAUAAUGGAGGACUGAGGCACUUAAAGGUUCCCCUUAGAACCUACAGGGAGAAAUUUAAGACUAGUAGAGAGUUUUUUGAUAAGGUGGUGAAGAAUUGUCCAAAUGUGGAGUAUCUGGACGGCUACAAGGCGUCUUUAUCGAAGACAGAUGGCCUGACAUGCAAUGAUGCGUGGCUGCUGACGUUAGAAGACUGGGAAAAACUCAAUGUGACGUGCACAAAGUUGCGCGAAUUUGACUGGGUGGUUGCUCCGUUUGGCGACCCAUUCUUUCGCGUUUUCGGCGAGCACGUUAAGCCGCAGAUGAAAAAAUUAACUUUUGGAGUGAACAUGCGAUGGAGUUGGCGACUCUACUUUCAUGGCUGCAGUAAAGCUGCAGAUAUGCCCCCAGAUGAAGAAUGGGAAGACGAUAACUAUUGCGACCGUCAAGGCUACGGACUCCAUGCUACUGACCCUGCUGCUGCCCUCAAAGGAUGUCCCAUGCUGGAUGAGUUGGUUGUCAAACUGUACCAUGCCGUUGGUCGAGGAAUGUAUAUUCCUCCGGAUAUGGGCGAUGUCAAUGAAUUCCCGGUAGUGGAAAUGGUCAAUCAAGACAUAUUCGAUGACCAUUUUUGCGAAACUUUGGCCUCCCAGUGUCCAUUCCUCACUCAGUUUGUGAUUCAGGAGGUGGGCGAAUAUUUCAAUCGAAAAGAACUGAAACCAAUUUCGACCUUCACGGAUCGAGGACUGAUGGCGCUUACUCAGCUUAAAUAUCUGCGAUUUCUCCAACUUCGCAGCGUCAACUGUACGGGUAUAGGCAUUCUCGACUUUCUGAAUGCCCAAUCGAGUGAGUUUACUGGUAAUCGAAGUUUUGAAAUUUCGGUUGGGGGAUGCCCGGAGGACUCGAUGUUAGAAUUUUACGAGUUGGUUAAGGAGUUGCUGUCUCAGCUCGCAGAUACCUCGGAUCUGCCGUGCGCUCAGCAGAAAUUUGCGUUACGUAUUGAGAAUUGGAGCUAUAACUCUCGCAACUCGGUUGAUCCCAUCUGGAGCAAGACGUACCUGAGUGAAUUGGAGGAGCUUAUGAGCCGCGUGAAAGAUGCCCAUCCAUCCCUGCGUCAACAUGUUGUUACAAUGGACCGCAGCGGGAAAAGUUUCUCGAGAAUAGCCGAAUUUGGACUGUACACUGUUCACAUGGAGCCUUCAAUUUACUGCGGCUGGGAAGACUGGGAACAAGAGGGGGAGAAUGAGGGCGUAACGAUAGUGGAGCGCGAAGACUUGUUACCGCCAGACGACAGAAGCUUUGACGAAAAUGCGAGCGACUUUUAUGGUUACGACGACGAAUACCUUGACGGUGACUUUUACGAUGGAGAAGGCGAGAGCGACAUUGACUCCGAGUACCUUGAGGACGAUAGCGACUUUGAGAUGUAGGUGACAGCAACGACGACUUCGAGUCGUAAGUUGCGAGUAAUU